AUGGCCGAUGAACAACUCCUCGACAAGAUCCGGUCUCUCAGCGACCUCGAACUAGCCACUCUCUUGUGUCUUGUCGCCCGCGAACACUGCCUAAUAGGCACUCUCCCAGACUAUGUCGACGAACUAGCCGAAGAGCUUUGCCUCGUCGCAUCCAAAACCUUCAACCUCACCCCCGCCAUCAUUAACUGCCAUUCCCACGCCACCCUCGACGAGUUCGCAACCGGACUCCUGGUCCCCCAGCCAGCCCGCGGUGGUCCCCCAUCACCAACCCACACCCGCUCUGCCUCCCCCUACCAUCUCCGCCAUGAACCCUCCUCCACCACCGGCGGUCCCUCCUCAUCAGGGGGAUCCUACUUCCCCAGCCCCGCCCCUCCCUCUCGACCAGGCGCAUUCUCCCCCCGAAUCGGCCCAGCAGCCAUCAUCCCCUCCUCCCCAUCAACAACAACCCACCAACCAGUCCAACAACCCCAAAUAGCCAACUUCAUCCUCGCCAAAAACCUCCACCUGGCCCCCCGCGCCGUCCAGAUCCAAGCCCUCGAACUGCUACGAACCCGAAGAAUCUUUACACGAACCUCUGUCCAAACCGCCCCGAAGCAAUUCUUGUUCAUUGCCAUAAUCGGCGCCCCCUCCCCGACCCAAGCGAGGGUGACACCCCAUCUAAACGACUUUUUCUACUUGAGUCAUUGGCACGACGCGGAAAAAGACGGGCUUGACCACCUCGACGCGGAGCAUUCUCGUCCUGACGACAACAUUUCCGUCGCGUCGAGCGAUAGCAUCAUCAAACGGUCGUCGUCCGGUCUCGGGCCUUUGCCUGACCACGAACCUGCUCCGCAACCGCACAUGACGGAAGACGACAUCUCGCUGCUGUCUCAGCUGACGACGCUGGCGUGUGUGGAUGUGGAUGUGCUGAGGUAUCAGAUGAAUGUGGUGAGCCAUUUGAGGAUUCACAGGGCGGUGGUGGGGGGGGUGACGCCUCAGGCGACGAGGUGUUUGGGGUAUUUGUGCAAGAGUUUGGCGGCGCUGCAUGGGUUGGGGUUUGUGACGGCGAGUUUGGUCGGGUUGGCGGUUAGGAAGGUUUAUGGGCAUCGGAUUGUGAUGGUUUGGGAGGGGGGGAUGAUGGAAAGGGAGAGGAGUGUGCAGUGGGGGAGUGAGGGGGAGGCGGUGGGUGUGGUGAUGGGGGGAUGGGGGGUUGAGGAGGUGGUGGAGGAUGUUUUGGGGAUGGUUGGGGUUCCUGCUUAG